AUGGAUUUUAUACGUCAAAAGCAGCGAAUUAUGAUAAGUAAUUCGAGUACAUAUACAAAUGUUGUGAAUUGCAGAGCAGGUCGGUCGCGCUCAGAUCGGCCACGACAACGUGACUUUAAUCAUGGACCAGUCAGUUCUUCAAGUUCAAUCACAACACACCAUAAGAAUCGGGAAUGCAAUGAAAUCUCUAGCAAUGAAGCGCCAACAAUCGCAUUUCCUAAUGUAGCUAUGUAUGAGUCAUCGUGUAAUGAUGUAGUAUACAUAAAAAGUCAAUUACUGGAAUUGCGGACAUUGAUAAAUGCAUGUUUACCAAUUUAA